AUGCUGUGCCCUGAUCACGCAACGUGCACCAACGCUCCCCAGGGCUACUACUGCACCUGCCAACCUGGGUUCGUAUCCACUUCGGGGGCCAUGAAGUUCACCGAUCCAGCCGUCCGUUGCCACGCUGACAGGUGCGUGGAUUCAUCUCUCUGUCCUGCUUAUGCAACCUGUGACAACGUCCCUGGGAGCUACCAGUGCACCUGCAAACGUGGGUUUGCAUCUAGCUCUGGGGAGCAGCACUUCACUGAUGGAACAGUGAAGUGCAACGAUGUGGAUGAAUGUGCCCAAAACCCUGCAAUCUGUGGGCCCAAUGCCUCCUGCAUCAACACACCUGGGAGCUACACCUGCCAGUGCUCACCCGGGCACCUUCCCUCCACGCCAGGGCCUUGGGUACCCGGAACAACCCGCUGCACAGAGGUUGAUUCAAACGAUCUGGUGAGGAAUUGCGAGAACCGAAGGCUGGACGCGGCUCACGGCUCAUCCCCAGACGAUGCUGCCUUCUGCACGUUAUUGACCUCCACCUUCAGCGUCUUGGGAGACCCCACCAAAAGGAAGAACUCCACCGUCUCUCUGGAGAAAGCCGCUGAGGGAUUUGCCUCCAUCCUGGAGCAGACGCCCUCCUGGUCCAACCUGAGCACGAAGCAGCUCUCCGCCAUGGCCACCGUCUUCCUGGAGAAUGUGGAGAAUGUGGUGCUGGCCGUCUUCGACAACCCGACCGGGAAUGGGAGCCAGACCAUCCAGAUGGAACAACUGGCUGUCCAGACCAAAGUCAUUGAGGACAGCUGCCCCAGAAAGGACUCGGUCGUCAGCCUGGAAGUCAAAGGGGAGACCAUGAAGAUUAGCUGCAGAACGAUCCAGGGAACAGUGGCACAAGCCCGAGCUGGAGUGGCGUUUGCCUCCUACGUGGGCAUGGAGUCCAUCCUGAAUGGCAGCUUCUUCAAUGGCCAAAGGGACACCUCUGUCUUGCCAGUCCGGAUAAAUUCCAGGGUUGUGAGUGCCUUCCUGACCAGCGAGACCAAGACCGAUUUCCUGGAUCCAGUCAACUACACCUUCCAGAACAUCAUGCCAAGCAACAGUCGCGACGAGCUCUUCUGCGUCUCGUGGGAGGCCACGGCCCGGCGUGGCAGCUGGUCUCAGGCAGGGUGCGGCGUCCUGCGCAGCAACGCCAGUCACACCACGUGCAGCUGCAAUCGCGUCUCCAACCUGGCUGUCCUCAUGGCAUCGGGGGAGAUAACGGCAGACUUCCCACUGUUCCUCAUCUCCCACGUCGGGCUGGCCCUGUCCGUGCUGUGCCUCUUCCUCGCCAUCCUCACCUUCCUCCUGUGCCGCUCCAUCCGCAACGUGAACACCUCCAUCCACCUGCAGCUCUGCCUCUGCCUCUUCCUGGCCGACCUGCUCUUCCUCACCGCGGUGGACAGACCCAGCCAUCAGCUGGCCUGCGCCGUCAUUGCUGGCAUCCUGCACUACCUCUUCCUGGCCUGCUUCGCCUGGAUGUUCCUGGAGGCCGUGGUGCUCUUCCUCACCGUCCGCAACCUCGGGGUCGUCAACUAUUUCAGCACCCACAGCCCCAAGAUGGGGCACCUGAGCCUCUUCGGCUACGGCUUCCCCGCCCUGGUGGUGGCCGUCUCGGCGGCGGUUAUGCCGGAGGGCUACGGCAGGCGGGAAAACUGCUGGCUCAGCAUGGAGAAGGGGUUCAUCUGGAGUUUCCUGGGGCCGGUGUGUGUCAUCAUCGGGAUUAAUUCCGUCCUUUUCGCCUUAACCCUCUGGAUGCUGCAGAGAAAGCUUUCCAGUCUCAACACUGAAGUGUCCACCCUCAAGGACACCAGGCUACUGACCUUUAAAGCCAUCGCCCAAGUCUUCAUUCUGGGCUGCACGUGGAUUUUCGGUCUCCUUCAAGUCGGCCCAGCUGCCACGGUCAUGGCGUAUUUAUUCACCGUCGUCAACAGCCUGCAGGGAGCCUUCAUCUUCCUGGUGCACUGUCUGCUCAAUCGCCAGGUGCGGGAGGAGUACAAGAGAUGGUUCACCUGCAAACCCAAGUCCUACGUUUCUGAUGUCUCCAUGUCUACUUUAGCCACCAGCAGCAAAGCGGGCUGA